GCUGGGCGGGCGGCUGGCCGGCCGGCCGGCCGGCCGAUGGACCUCCUCCUCCUGGCUGGGCUCCGCGUGCGCUCUCGGUGGAGCUGGGGAUGCGCGUGGCGCCUCGGAGGGCGGACGAGUGGGGGCUGCUCCCCUGCAGGAAGGAACGGGUCGCACUCCGGAGCCACGGGAGGGCCAGUGGCCGGAGCACGUGGGUCUGUUUGCAGCCCGAGCGAGCGAGCGCCCCGGCCAUGCUGCCUUCCUCCCUCGCUCGCUGAGCCUGCCCGGCUGCGCUCCCGACACGACCCGAGGGUGUCGAGGCGAGGGGGCUGCCCGGCCCGGGGAGGAGAGAGGGAGUGGGGAGGGCGAAGGCGUGCGGGAGGGCGGGCGGGAAGGCACAAUGCAGCCAUGCCGCCUCAGCUCGCUCCCCUCGCCUCUCCCCCCGGGUGCCCCGUGGAGGCGCUCCUUCCUCCCCUGGGAGGCUCUCGGGUUCUCCCCAGUUCCACGCCGCCCCAGUCCGCCGCCUCCGUCGCCGCCGCGUGUUUACUCCGGCGGUGGCCGGGCCUAGCCUGGCGGUGACUGUGCAGCCUCCGAAGGGGCGGGUCUUUCCGCCACGGGCUGCCGGGACAUGUAGUGCUGAGCUCGGCCGGGCCACGCUGCCGCUGCUUCGCACAAAGGCUGCCGCUUGCCUGCGCCUGGCCGGCCCCGAGCGCCCUCGCUCCUCCACGCACGUGGCUCGGCCCGCGGCGGGGCCGGAGUCGGGCCGGGAGGCCCACGCCGCGAAAGGCCGGGCCCGACCGCCUGCUUGCCUGCCCGCCUGUCCUCCUUUUCUCUGGCUGCCCGCCGAGCCCUUCGCAGCCCGCUGUUUUCUCCGGCCCGCGCGGGCUUCCCUCCUUUGUGCGAAUGGGAGACCCGACGCUGCCCCUGCCCUAUCCCGACCAAGCUGCAUUUGGCGCCCUCCGGGCCCCCCCCAUUGCCUGCCAGGGUCGCCUUUACUACAGCAAGGAUGCGGAGAAGACGAAGAAGCCUGCUGGGAUGGGGGGCUUGCGUCAGACAAAAGGCGCUCGGCCGCCUUCCCUUCCCCGGGAGCUGCCUUCCCCUUUUUAGCUCCGUGACACCCCGGCCCCAGGAUCCCAUCCGGCCCCCCUAUACUUAGACAUAUUUCUGCCGAAGUCGACCAGGGCCUGGCAGCGGCAAUUUCUGGGAAGGCGCCGCUGGGGGUCUUCCCCCCUUCGCUUACCCGUAAAUGGGGAAGUUCUGCUUUCAGUUGGCCCCUCAGGUGAGCCCCCCCCAGACCCCUGCCUGAGGCAGGAGAAGUGGCCAGUGCCAGGCCCUGCUGCCAACAGCCAAGGGAAGGUGGACUGCCAGUUUUGGCGCACGUUUCAUGCCCAGCCUGGUGCUUGCCAGUUUUGCCACCCUUGCAGCCUGGUUUGACUGCCCUUCCUGAAGUUCACCCCCUGCCUGCUCUACCGGCCACCUUUCCCCGUGGUAUCCCCUGCCUUGCGAUCGGUACCGGCCUGAGGUGUUCUUGGCUCUUGUGUCAUGUAUUGGCAAAAGCCACGGUGGCUUGCAGGUGCCCGUUAGAGCUAAAGUACCCUUGUGGGGUUUGGACCCACCACAAACAGCCUUCUGGCCUCAGACAACCCACGUGCCCUCCCACCUCCCCUCCUUUUGCUACAGACUAGCUGGACGGGUCUCUUUUGGGUUCUCUUAGAGCAAAGGGAGAUAACUUCUGCGUUCUGCAACAUCUCAGGCAGGAAGCAGAGGUGAGCCUUCCCAGAAAGCUGGAGGUGGUUUGCAAGAGGGCUCGCUCCUUGCAGUGUGGACUCUCUUCUUUGGCCUGUAAUCAAACAGCUUGGGCAGGCUUUUUGUACUAUGUUAGAAACCUGCUUGACCAAAGGCCACAGUGGGAAUCAAAAGGACAGACCUGGCAAACAUCCCGCUGACCCCAGAGACACAAAGGGACCAAGAGCGACGGAUACGCCGGGAGAUUGCCAACAGCAAUGAGCGCCGCCGGAUGCAAAGCAUCAACGCAGGGUUCCAGUCGCUGAAAACUCUCAUCCCACACACAGAUGGGGAGAAGCUUAGCAAGGCAGCGAUUCUUCAGCAGACAGCAGAAUACAUUUUCUCUCUGGAGCAGGAGAAGACACGUUUGUUGCAGCAGAAUGCACAGCUCAAGCGGUUCAUCCAGGAGUUCAGCGGCUCCUCCCCAAAGCGGCGGAGGGCAGAGGACAAAGAUGAAGGCAUCGGGUCGCCAGACAUCUGGGAGGACGAGAAGGCAGAGGACUUGCGCAGAGAGAUGAUUGAGCUCCGUCAGCAACUUGACAAGGAGCGCUCGGUUCGUUUGAUGCUGGAGGAGCAGGUGCGCUCUUUGGAGGCCCACAUGUACCCCGAGAAGCUGAAGGUGAUUGCACAACAGGUGCAGCUCCAGCAACAGCAGGAACAGGUGAGGCUCCUGCACCAAGAACAAGAGCAGCAGAUCCACCCCCAGCUCUUGCCAGCGCACGGACCUCCGGCCCCCACCCACCACCCAACUGUGAUUGUGCCUGCACCGCCGCCACCGCCUUCUCACCAUGUUACCGUGGUAACCAUGGGCCCAUCCUCUGUGAUCAACACUAUCUCUACAUCCAGGCAGAAUCUGGACACUAUCGUUCAGAUGUCCUUGUCUUUGGGGUGCUGCUGCUGGAGGAGACAGGCCAGUAAUUUGGGGUGGGGGGGCUCCAUCUUCUCUAAUGGCAGAAGAUUCCAGCAUCUGGCCUGGCACGGUGGGCGUCUCACCCCCCCCCCCGUACUGGUCCUUUGGAGGCUUUCGCGGUUCAAGGGGGCUUACUUGCCUUGUCUCUGUUUGCUUCAAGAGUUCACCUCACAGUCCAAAAUAAAAAGAGUCGCAAGGCAAGUUACAAGAACCUCCAAGAAGCAUAAAUUGCAUUCCCACAAUAUGCAAGAAAACUAACCGGCUUGAAUGAAUAUUUUACUCUUAAAUGAGGGUUCCUUUGCCUGCAGUUUCUGGGAUGCCCACCAGAAGGAGCCAUUCUAAAAUGCUGACCCUGCGGAGAACAGACGUUGAGAAAGGUUUAGGCAGUGGAAUUGGCUGCUCAGCAAGUUGUUAAUAAAUUCUUUCUGAAAACUAUGGGUGAAUCCAUGCAACCUUCCACCAGGGAAGCAGGUCUGUGCCUUUGGAACAAGAUAGUUUUCCACCUCAAGUGACUGCACCUUGUGGCCCUUGUGGAGAGGAGGUCCUUAAUGCCUUAUUCAGGGUCCACUUUGUUGGCCCCCAUCCAGCCUUCACAGCAGGACCAGCUUCUUCAAGAAGAUCCUGAUAAGAGUUUCAGUACUUGAGACCUUCAUGGGGGUGGAGGUGGGUGGAAUAACUCUGGAGGAUAUUGUGUGAUGUGUGAACCUUGAAGUAUGUAGACAUGUUAUGCUUCACACAGUCUUGAUAGCCAGGUCUACCUGCUGGUACUGUUUUCUCUUUUGGGUGGAGAGAGAGCAUCCAUUGCCUGCACCCCCACCCCCAAUAUUCCCAGUUGCUGUUAAUGAGUUCUGGGGAUAGAGUGAUGGCUGAGUGCAGUGCAGCUCAGUCUGAGCAUGACUUGGGUGCGGGGAUGACGCAAAUGGGCCCACCACCCUGAGGGAGGACAAAAGGACGAGGCAUGUCUCAGUCAAUGUGGUUGGUGGUUUCCUGGUGCUGGAGAGUUUCCCGAUUGAACAGCUGCCCCAGCUGAAGGCCUUCCACUGCGCCCAGGGCCCUGCCUGGUCCAUGGCUCAGAGGGCUGCCAGGUGCCAGGCAGAGGUGCCUGCUUCUGGUCUGGCCUGUGUCCGAACACGCACUAGUUACAUACAUGCAUACCAUGGUUCUUCAGUGUACAU